AUGCAAGAUAAUCUGAUGACGGGUCUCGGCUUUGAGGUCAUUGAUGGAGUUGUGACUGGAGAUCCUUUGUUGCGCCAAGAGCCUGAGGGUUAGAACUUGCUCAGAAACUGUACAGCGAGAAUGAAGCAGGCCCCUUUACCAUAGGUGGGAUGCAAUCUCACGCAUUUAUGCUCGUAUUGGAUUUCGCUGACGCGGAAGGUCGCAAACGACGGGCAGAACUGUUAAAGGUAUAUUUGAAAAACAUACCGCAAAGUCACAAGACUUGGAAUAUUUUGAAAUUGUGCGUUGAAUCAUUGAGGACCUAACAGAAUGAUCGGCUGAUUGGUUAAUGUUUCUUGCUCAGGUAAAUCUAAACGAGGUAGGGAAAAUCUUUGUAGGCUCAGAUCUACAACUACAGAAAUAUGCUAGUCUCGGUUGUUGCCAGAGUUGACCCGUCUCGUGGAUUCACACACACCUCCUCAUCAAACAUUGAUGAUGGACCUCACAUUGAUCCACGAUUUCUCUCGCAUCCUGCUGAUCUCAAAAUUUUCUCACGUCACAUUCAGACGCUUGAGACACUUCGUCAAACCAAAGAGCUCUCGGCCUUCAAGCAUAAUGGUAAGCGGAACCAUUCAAAACCCUUCCAUAUUUAUAUUCUCGAUACCGCCACGACUGAAUACCACUCAUGUGGUACGACUGCGAUGCUACCGAGAGAAAAGGGAGAUGCUGUGGAUGAGAAGCUGAUCACUCACACGGUACCAAUAGCUUGCGCGUAG